ACGUGAAAUGAAAUACCAACACUGUGGACAGCAUGAGAUAGAUUGACCUAUUCUGUCAAAUCUUUUCCUUCUAUAAACCAUUUGGAUCACAGGUCCUGAUUGACUAUUGUUACAAUCGUGUAUAAAAGGCAUCAGCUCUCCAGAGCAAAGUAUCCCACUGUCUGAACGGAAUCGUACGAAAUAUAAGCCAAAAUGAACACCUUUGUUGUGUUGAGCGCAAUAGUGGUAUCAUGUUUAGCUGGAGGUGACUAUGGUGGUGACUCUUACCCCAAAGGUCAUGUAGGGAUUAGAGGAGGCGACGGAAUAAUGGACGGCAGAGGAAUGAACGGUGGAAUGAUGAGCGCCGGAGGAAUGAACGGUAGAAUGAUGAGCGCCGGAGGAAUGAACGGUGGAAUGAUGAGCGCCGCAGGAAUGAACGGUGGAAUGAUGAGCGCCGGAGGAAUGAACGGUGGAAUGAUGAGCGCCGGAGGAAUGAACGGGGGAAUGAUGAGCGCCGGAGGAAUGAACGGGGGAAUGAUGAGCGCCGGAGGAAUGAACGGUAGAAUGAUGAACGCCGGAGGAAUGAACAGUGGGAUGAUGGGCGGUGGAGGAAUGAACGGUAGAAUGAUGAGCGCCGGAGGAAUGAACGGUGGAAUGAUGAGCGCCGGAGGAAUGAACGGUGGAAUGAUGAGCGCCGGAGGAAUGAACAGUGGGAUGAUGGGCGGUGGAGGAAUGGGCGGAAACGUUGGAGGUUUAACUAUUUAUCGUGCUCCAAAAUAUGGAAGUUGCUCAUAUUCAAAUAUGUUUGACCGUCUACAAAUGGGAGCGUACUGCUAUCACGAUGAUAACUGCCCCGGUUCUCAGAAAUGCUGUUACAGCUUCAUCUAUGGACGACGUUGUCAAAUUCCACAAGAAUAUCAAAGAAUUGGUUCCUGUAAUUAUAACUACAUCACCUUCCCAAGACGAAGAGCCUGUAACGACGAUACCAUUUGUCCAUAUGGCGGCAAAUGUUGUAGAAGAGACGUGUCAGGCCAAGUCGACACAUGCAGCUAUCCCAACUACACACAAUACUCAAUUCCAGGCAACUCCGGUACACCAUUCCCAAUUCCAGGCAACUCUGGUACACCAUACCCAAUUCCAGGCGGUCACAAACACAAAAAAGUUUAUUAAAUUCUGAUAUAUUUCUGUAGAUAUACGUCUUGUAUUGUUUAUUAAAUAUCUUACUGCAUCCUUUAAA